UUCAAAGCAGCAGCAGCAAUCAAAACCUUCUUUUUCCUGCUCUCUCACUCUCACUCUCUCUCCCUCCACACAUUUCUCAGCAGGUCCCCCACUCUGCCUUUAUCUCUCUCUCUACAGGAAUUCUUCUCCUUUAAUUUUCUCCUCCAUUGUUAAAGCAUUUCCCCUCCAUUGCUAAAGCGAAGCGAAAACCCGUAAAGUUCUGAUAUUUGUGACUUCAAAGUACCAUCUUUUAGGCUGCUUUUCUCUUGCGCUUUUGAAAGGGGGGUGGUCCACUGGUUUGCCUGCUGGGUUUCUUUCGCUAUACACCUUUACUUUGUUUUUUAGCAUCUGGGUCUUUGUGGGCCUCUCUUGGUAGGGCUGCCCUAGAAAGAGUCAAUUGUAGAUAUUUUUGUAUCUGAAGAUUCAAGGCUCUCUCAAUUACAGAUUGAGGUUUUUUCAAGAGGUUUCCAUUCUUGAAUAAGUUGCAAGUGAUGAUAGGAGAAGGGUUCAUGAAUUGAAUUUGGCAGCUGAAUAUGUGCUUGGCCAGCCAGGUGAAAUUUAGGUACCGAUUUUCGUUUCAAUGGCAUUGAAAUCUGGUGUCAAGGGUUCCCUGGAGAGGCUAAACAGGACAACUGGAAAUCAGACAUCAGAGAGGAAUUCUAACAGGUCUUCGCCUUCACAAAUCUCAAAGAGUUGCAACGUUGAGGAUUUAACUUCCAAAGAGUUCCCGGGGGAUGCUCGAGAAGUGUCUAAGCAGCUUAGAACAGAUACAACAGUCAACAAGAAGUCACACAGCUCCCAGCAGAAUGGAUCUGCCAAUUUACUUGUCGAAAGAUUGGAUUCAAGCUUGUCUUUGGGUGUUUUAAAGCAUCCACCUUCGGGUUUAAGUUCUACUCGCGAUGAAUUAAUAGGCACACUUGAAGGAGGAGAUGAUCAGGAAAAGGAAGAUACGGGGAAUGUUUCGGUCAAAGACAGCUUAGCCUUGACCAAAGUUAGCGAUGGCACCAGCAGCAUUGCUAAAACGAGUGGAAGUGCCAAAAUUAGUGACCAAGCUGAUUUUAUGGAGAGUGGGAAGAGUAGCAUCUACCGGGGCAGCACAAGCACUGACGUAAGUGAUGAAAGCUCGUGUAGUAGCUUGAGCAGCAGCAUUAAUAAGCCUCACAAAGCAAAUGACUCGAGGUGGGAAGCCAUCCAAGCUGUCCGAGCUAGAGAUGGAGCCAUGGAAUUGAGGCAUUUCCGAUUGAUAAAGAAGUUGGGCAGUGGCGAUAUUGGGAGUGUACAUCUCUCGGAGUUGUGUGGCACCAAGUGUUAUUUUGCCAUGAAAGUUAUGGAUAAAGCAUCGCUGGCAAACCGAAAGAAAUUGCUCCGUGCUCAAACAGAAAGAGAGAUACUGCAAUCUCUGGACCAUCCAUUUCUUCCGAGUUUAUAUACCCAUUUCGAGACGGAAAGGUUUUCGUGUCUUGUGAUGGAGUUUUGUCCAGGAGGAGACUUGCACACACUUCGGCAGAGGCAACCGGGAAAGCAUUUUUCUGAACAAGCAGUGAAGUUCUACGUUGCAGAGGUCCUUCUUGCUCUAGAAUAUCUCCACAUGCUUGGUAUUGUCUACCGAGACCUCAAGCCCGAAAACGUCCUUGUCAGGGACGAUGGACACAUUAUGCUCUCCGACUUUGACCUCUCCCUUCGCUGUGCUGUCAGUCCAACAGUUGUCAAGUCGUCAUCUCUCGAGACAGAGCCCCUCAGGAAAAAUUCUGUUUACUGUGUCCAACCUGCCUGCAUUGAGCCCUCCUGCAUCCAGCCGUCCUGUGCGGUCCCCACGACGUGUUUUGGGCCCCGCUUUUUCUCUGGCAAGUCGAAGAAAGAGAGGAAGCCCAAGCCCAAGAAUGAAGUUGGUAACCAAGUCAGCCCCUUACCCGAGCUCAUUGCCGAGCCAACCGGAGCUCGUUCCAUGUCAUUCGUGGGGACCCACGAGUACCUGGCGCCCGAAAUUAUCAAAGGUGAAGGGCACGGUAGUGCUGUGGACUGGUGGACUUUCGGGAUCUUUCUGUACGAGUUGUUAUUCGGUAAGACACCUUUCAAGGGAUCAGAUAACCGGUCUACCCUUUUCAACGUCGUUGGGCAGCCUCUACGCUUCCCAGAAUCCCCGGUUGUCAGCUUUUCCGCUAGAGAUCUGAUACGAGGCCUACUCGUGAAAGAGCCACAGCAUCGUCUUGCAUACAAACGGGGAGCUACCGAGAUUAAGCAGCAUCCAUUCUUCGAAGGGGUAAACUGGGCAUUAAUCCGGUGUGCAAGCCCUCCCGAGGUCCCUAGGCCGGUCGACUUUGAGAGGAUUCAAGCCCCGCCACCGCCAUCAACAACAACCAAGAAAGCUGCUGGUGGAGCUCUCCCCUACCAUCAGAAUCCAGACAACUAUCUCGAAUUCGAUUUCUUCUAAGCGGACCGACAUUUCGGUUUGGCAGUUGGCACAACGAAACGAAAUGAACGUACAAGGUUAGAAGUGUAUGUCUGUAAUGUUGGUAGUUAAUUAUCUGUGUUUGAUGCUACUUGUGUGAACGGUUCAAUUUUGUUGUACUGCAAAUAUUCUCUAUUUAUUGGUCAGAAAUGCAAGCAAUGUUUGAACAGUGUGUUUAGGCAGAAUA